ACACAGAAAGGAAAACAAAAUAAAACACGAACAAUCUCCUCGGAAUCGAAAUAGGACCAGAAAUGGCGUGCAGGACUGCGCUACGAUCCGCUGUGCUAGUAGAAGCGUGGCGACCCGUUCAUCUCGCUCGGAGCUCCGCCUCCGCCUCGUUCAGGACCCGCGGGUUCUCCUCCCCCAGGCUGACCCGCCACUUCAGGACCCGGGACGUCCAAUUCGCGCGACGGACUCACCUCAACCGCGCCGACAACGAAAAUUCGUCGGAUUUGCCGGAGGACGACCAGGGCCCGCCGCAAGAGGCCAUCUUGAAAGCAAUUUCAGAGGUUUCGAAGACAGAAGGGAGAGUUGGGCAGACGACGAAUGUGGUUAUCGGAGGCACGGUGGCGGAUGAUUCUACGAAUGAAUGGGUCGACUUGGAUCAGAAGGUAAAUUCGUAUCCAACUGUUAGAGGGUUCACAGCAAUUGGAACUGGAGGGGAUGAUUUUGUUCAAGCUAUGGUUGUUGCUGUCGAAUCCGUAAUUCAACAACCUGUCCCCGAGGUACUUUGCCAAUCAUCGAUUAAAAGAGGUUCUGUUGGCUAGAAAAAAUGCGGUAUACGUCUUGCCCUUAAUGCUCAUAACUGAAACUGGCUCUUGAUGUGCACUUGUUGAGGGUAACAUGGAGCCAACCAUAGGGAAAUUGACUAAUAGCUGAAUUUGACCAUAGUUUAGUGUUCUCGCUGAUUUAAGAUGACUCAGAAACAGGCAUAGCUAAUAGAUCUGCUGACUCUGCUCCCUCUAGGCUAUAGCCAAAUGCUUAUCCAUUGGGAUGCAUUUUAAAGUAUAGAUUGUUGAGUGGAAUACGAACCUGACAAAUUAAGAUCAAUGGGUGCCAAAUUAUUAUUAUUUUUCCAAACGCCCCAAUGAACGGAUUUUUCUCCAAUAAGAUAAUUGUGAAUGGAAGGAACAUAAUACUUAAAGAACUGGGAGUUUUUGUCUUCUUGGCUUGGCCACGAUUGCUAUAGUAAUCAUGACUUGACAUUUGUUUUAAUUUAAACCUAGUAUAAGGUGAAAAGUGAAAUUCAUUUACUCCAAAAGGCUUAUGUGGUGGGUGGUGGUGCAACAUGUAACAGGAAUCCUUGUGCUACAAUCCAUUUUUGUUGCCCCUUUUAAAUAAAGAUGAAAAUUUGAUUGUUGAUAUGUUUGUUGACGUCUGAUCUAUCGAGUGCACGAGUUCAAUUCACUCAUAAAUAAUGAAUGCAAAAGUUUGACGGA